AUGGAUUUUGAAAUGAACUCGAGCCAAACUCUGAUGUUGGACAUCAUUCCUCUUUGCUACGAUUUUUUAAACAGUUCCUGUGCAAAAUUCACUUACCCACUCCUUAUUAAAGUGCCACUCUAUGUGUUUUUCAGCUUGGUGGUGAUUUUGACAGUAUUUGGAAACUUUUUUGUCAUCCUGAGCAUCGUUCAUUUUAAACAGCUCCACAUACCAACAAAUUAUCUCGUCCUGUCUCUGGCUGUAACUGAUCUGUUGUUGGGAGGAUUUGUUAUGCCUCUGAGCAUGAUCCGAUCCAUAGAAACCUGCUGGUAUUUUGGGACAUUAUUCUGUAAAAUUCACAGCAGUGUUGAUAUCACAUUGUGUACCGCGUCCAUUAUAAACUUGUGCUUUAUAGCUGUAGAUCGAUAUUAUGCUGUGUGUCAGCCCUUGUUAUAUCAGAACAUAAUUACACCUUUUGUCAUGUUGGUUAUGAUUUCCAUUUGCUGGAGUGUUUCAGUGACCACUGGGUUUGGAAUAAUAUUCCUUGGUCUUAACAUCUUGGGCAUUGAAGAUUUUUACAACCAAAACAUUUUCUGUGAAGGUGGUUGUGUUUUGUUCCAAAGUCCUGCCUCCAGCACGGCUUCCUCUUUGCUCUCCUUUUAUUUCCCAGGUAUCAUCAUGCUUAGCAUUUAUACUAAAAUAUUCCGUGUCGCUCAAAAACAAGCCAAAUCCAUUCAGGACUUAAAAAAUAAAGCACAAUUGAUGAUGAGCAAAGAGGAAAAAAAAGCGACAAAGACUCUGGCAGUGAUUAUGGGAGUGUUUCUCUCACUUUGGACUCCAUUUUUUUUCUGCAAUAUCAUUGAACCUUAUAUUGGUUAUUUGAUUCCUCCUGUGUUGUUUGAUAUGAUGGUCUGGAUUGGAUAUCUAAAUUCUACCUGCAAUCCGAUUGUUUAUGCUUUUUUCUACAAGUGGUUUAGAAAGGCACUGAGAAUUAUUUUAUCUGGCAAAAUAUUUCAGUCAGGUUCUUCAAGAAGGAAUCUGUUUUCAUACUGA